AUGUCGUGGACCCCCAGCAGUCGGGGUGGUGGAGGAAAUGGCAGCACGCCUUCGCCAAACGUCCACAAUUCGCUGCAGCGCAUUCAAGGCAUGGGACAACUCGUUGGCAUUCAUCAAACUCCCAAUCAGCAGCUUCUGCCUGCGGGCGCGGUUAAGCAGCGAUUCCUCGGGUCGCAAGGGACAUCGAAUAAUGUAGACCGUCCUACUAUUCAGCAGAGCUAUUGGAAUAGGCAGAAGGGACUUCGUUGCCCGCUUCCUCUCCAAACAAGCGCGAACGAGGCAGUUCAUACUCCUCCGCAUCGAAGGCUUUCGAAAGAAGCCGUUGAUUCUUCUCCCGCUCAUUAUCAAACGCCUGUACAGGAAGUUGUUCGCGCUCCCUCUCGCCAAACACCAGAAAUCGUUGAUUCGGAAGGGACAGAUGACUUCGAACACAGCUCCAUGGGCACUUGGAACUCACCUAAAGAGAAGUCGAUCGGUAACAUCUCGUCGGAAAUUGGAGGCGCUCCCUUACCAGCUCCCUUGCACAUCAUCCAAGCUGCUGCAGCUUCAACCGCCGUCGUUCUCCGACAACGAUCCUUCAGCACCGCCUCCAUGGCGCUGAGUGCUGGUCCUGUGUCUUCAGAUGAAAUGGCGGCAUGGAACGCUCCUCGACCAUAUGAUCAUGAAGAUGAUGACGAUAUGGCCCUUGUCCAAGUCAAUCUGAAUUCAAUGACAGCCGUUGAGGAGUGGGAGAGACAGCAAGAGGACUAUCCCAUCUUUAACCUUACCGAAAACCGUCACCCUCGGGUGGACGAUUGUGAUAUAGAUCCUGCAACUGGCGAGCUCAUUCCUCCGCCGCGAUAUAUCAAGAUUCAGAAAGACACACAAGCCAAACACAAUUGGCGCCGCGCGGUCACACAUUCUGAAGGCUAUAUCGCCCGCGAACUGGAUUUACGCCAAAGCAAGAAAGAAGAGAUUGAACGAAAAAAGGAAGAACAGAAAUAUGCGAACAUGACGCACGAGGAAGACAAGUGGCCCGAUGCAGAUUGCACUCUUCGACCUGUCCAGGCUAAGGACUUCCAGGGCAUCGCAAACAUCAUCAGUGAAGAGAUGCAACGAGAAGAUUCGCAGGUCUACCUAUCCGAGGUUGACCGUGCACAAAUCGCAGAACUGUACAACACUUGCAUGUCGAACCAUCGCCCUUUCAUUGUGGCGAUCGAAUCUCCCUGUGAGAUUACCAACCGUUCUGGAUGGUCUAAGGCCGAUGAAAAGCGUUAUCAGAAACUCCUUGGAUAUAUGAAAUCCCAGGAAGCCUUAGAGACUCCGAACAUCCUUGGCUUCGCCUUUGUCGAUGAUUCUCGACAGGACUUCCUGGGCCACGCAUGCCAGGGAGCCAGGUUCUCUGGGCAAAUCAAGCUCAUCGUUGACCCAAAGCAUCGCCAAAUGCUAGUCGGGUCGGCAUUACUGGACAGAAUUUUGUUGUCCACGUCUAUCUACCAUCGCAGUCUUGUGGACUACACCUGGAAUUGCUCGGAGCCCCGAAAGACGUACGAAGAAAUUCCUGCACACAAUGAACGAAAGUACAGCAAGCUGUACUUGGAGACAUUCUUUGAUGGCGAGGACGAUUCUCGAAUUCAGUGGAUGGCAAGGCUUCUGGAGAAGUACGAUUUCGCGAAAGUUGUGAAUUUCAAGGAAGCUGUUAAGCAUGGAAACCAUCCAGGCGUCUGGAAAGACCUAAUUGUAUGGGAACAUGAGGCACGCCCGGCUUCUGAAAUUGUGGAGGAUAAAUGA